UGAGUUGAGCAGUACAGAAUAUACAACACAAUACACUCCCACUCUCUGCAAACAACUCCACUUCUGGAUCUCAACUCAAUUACAAAUUCAUCUCUCCUCUCUCUCUCUCUCUCUCUCUCUCUCAAUGUCUUCACCUAUAAACCCUAACCAACAACACCCCCAACCAACAGGCCCUCUCCCCCAAUUCUUCAACCCUAUCCAAAACCCUAACCCUAAUCUAACCUCCUCACCACCCGUCGCCGCCUCUUAUCCACCGCCCUCCGGCCCCUACGCUUAUCCCCCGCCACAACAACAACAAUUCCACCACCAACGCUCAAUUCCUCACUCUCCGCCUCCUCUCCUACCGCCUCAGCAGCCUUUCCCCAACUCCAACCACGGCGCCCGCCUCAUGGCCCUACUUACCAAUCCUAAUUCCGAAGCACCAAUGCCACCUCAGCUCCAACCGACUUCCUCCGGCGGUUCCGAUAUUUCGAUGACUCAGAACUUGCCUCCUUUACAGGUGGUGGCGAAUGCGAGUAAUGUGAAUGUUAAUAAUAUUGUUAAUAAUGUAGGUGGAUUGGUGCAUUCGAGUCCGGUGAUGAGAAUGCAGAGUAGUAAGUUACCCAAAGGGAGGCACUUGGCUGGUGAUCAUGUUGUUUAUGAUAUUGAUGUUAGGUUGAUGGGAGAGAUGCAGCCUCAGCUUGAAGUUACGCCCAUUACGAAGUAUGGUUCGGAUCCUGGCCUUGUUGUUGGAAGGCAAAUUGCGGUCAAUAAGAGUUAUAUUUGUUAUGGAUUGAAAUUGGGGGCUAUUCGUGUGCUUAACAUUAAUACUGCGUUGAGGUCGUUGCUAAAAGGUCUCUCUCAGAGGGUCACAGACAUGGCUUUCUUUGCUGAAGAUGUUCACCUGCUGGCUAGUGCAAGUGUAGAUGGACGUGUAUAUAUAUGGAAAAUAAUAGAAGGUCCAGGUGAGGAAGAGAAAUCACAAAUUACAGGAAACUUAAUUAUGGCUAUUCAGAUUGUAGGAGAAGGGGAUUCUGUUCAUCCCCGGAUUUGCUGGCACUGCCAUAAGCAGGAAGUUCUCGUAGUUGGGAUUGGAAGAAGUGUUCUGCGGAUUGAUACUACUAAGGUUGGGAAAGGUGAAGUAUUUUCAGCGGAUGAUCCUCUAAGAUGCCAUGUUGACAAGAUGAUAGACGGGGUCCAGUUUGUUGGUAACCAUGAUGGAGAAGUUACUGAUUUGUCAAUGUGCCAAUGGAUGACUACCCGAUUAGUUUCUGCUUCUUUGGAUGGCACUAUAAAAGUUUGGGAAGACCGCAAGUCACAGCCUAUUGCAAUACUGAGGCCUCACAAUGGGUUACCUGUUAAUUCAGCCACAUUUCUAACUUCCCCUCACCGCCCAGAUCACAUUGUACUUAUUACUGGGGGUCCACUUAAUCGUGAAGUAAAAAUUUGGACUUCAACUAGUGAAGAAGGAUGGCUGCUUCCUAGUGACACUUAUUCGUGGCAGUGCACCCAGACUUUAGAAUUGAGGAGCUCUGCUGCACAUAAUACUGAAGCUGCGUUCUUUAAUCAAGUUCUGGCUUUGUCACAAGCAGGUCUUCUGUUACUAGCAAAUGCCAAGAAGAAUGCUAUAUAUGCAGUCCACUUGGAAUAUGGUCUCAAUCCAGCUGCAACCCGCAUGGAUUAUAUUGCAGAGUUUACUGUUACAAUGCCAAUUUUGAGCUUCACUGGGACGAAUGAUUUGUUACCACAAUCUGAGCAGAUAGUGCAGAUUUAUUGUGUCCAGACACAAGCCAUUCAACAAUAUGCACUGGACUUGUCUCAAUGUUUACCACCCCCAUUGGAGAAUGUGCUUGAGAGGUCAGAUUCUAGUGUGUCACGGGGUGUAACUAGUACUGAGGGUUUGACUACUUUUGAGCCGAGUGUAAGUAAACCAGUCGAAACCCUUUCUACUAGUUCACAACCUGGCCAAGCUAUACAUGAAAUUAGCUCAGAGAGUGUGACAUCCACAAUAAGAAAUCUCGUAAGCUCCUCGGAGGUAGCCAAUUUACACGAAGUUUCAAUAUGUAGUACAGAAUCCAGACCCCAUCCUUUGUCAGUGGUGAAUAGUGAUAAUAAUAUAGCAUCAAUUUCAUCAUCGCCACCACCACCACUUCCUCUAAGUCCUAAGUUGUCGCCUAAGCUCUCUGGUUUGAGAAGUCCAUCGAGCAGCUUUGUGCCAGGGUCGCAGCCUAAUGACUUCAGCAUGGAUCAGAAUAGUAAUGAAUAUACAAUCGACAGACAAAUGGACGCACAUCAAUUGAAUGCUUCGGAUUCCAUUGUCGAUGAUGAUCCCAAAGGAGAUGGGAAGAAUAUUCCCCAAGAGGAUAUGUCAAAUGUGCUCAAUGAUCCUAUCAAGUUUAAGCACCCAACUCAUCUAGUAACUCCUUCUGAGAUAUUAAGGGCCACCUCAUCCACGGAAACAAAUCAUAUAGAGUACAAGGGUGAGGAAGAGCCAGAUAUACAAGAUGUAGGUGUCAAUAGUAAUGCACAUAAUGCCGAAGCUGAGGUUAAGGUUGUUGGUGAGACCCAUAUCAGUGAGAAUGAAGAACUUGCCUCCCCGGGAGAGCUUGAUGGAUUUGCCACAGAUAGGAGGGAGAAAUUGUUUUAUUCUCAAGCAGCAGAUCUUGGUCUUGAGAUGGCAAGAGAAACCCAAACCUUGCCACUUGAGCCAUAUAUUAUCGAAGAAUCUAGACAGGUGGAUGGGGCCAGAGAAUCUGAUGUAGUGGAUCUUCCGUCAAGUAAGCAAGAAGAAGUUCAAGACUCCCUAGAAGAUAUAUCUGGAAAGGAUGUAGAAUCAUCGAUGCCUGUGACAGUUGCAACUCCUGCACAAUCAACAAAACGGAAAAAACAAAAAACAAAAAGUGCUCAUGGAUCGAGUCCGAUUUCUUCAGCCCCAAGUGUUUCUAAUUCAACAGACUCCUAUCAUGAACCAGGUGUUAGUUCUAGUGCCCCCUCUGUUGAAGCUGCUUUUUCACAACUUAGAACCAUGCAGGAGACCAUAAAUCAGCUUCUAAAUAUGCAAAAAGAAAUGCAAAAGCAGAUUUCAGUGGCUGCCGCUGUACCAGUAAAUAAAGAAGGCAGGAGACUGGAAACAGCCCUUGGGAAGUUUAUGGAAAAAGCUAUGAAGGCUAAUUCAGAUGCUCUGUGGGCCGGUCUUCUUGAAGAAAAUGCAAAACAGGAGAAGCUGUUGCGAGAUCGGACUCAGCAAAUAUUGAAUUUGGUGACUAAUUCUUUGGCCAAGGACUUGCCAGCAGCGUUGGAGAAAAUGGUGAAGAAGGAAGUAGCUGCAGUUGGGGCAGCUGUAGCCCGCACACUGACUCCCGCAAUUGAGAAAACAGUAUCGAUUGCAAUAACAGAGGCUUUUCAGAGGGGGGUAGGCGAUAAAGCAGUGAACCAAUUGGAGAAGUCGGUAAACUCUAAACUUGAAGCUACUGUUUCCAGGCAUAUCCAGACACAAUUUCAGACUUCUGGAAAACAAAUUCUUCAGGAAGCAUUGAAAUCUAGUUUGGAAACUUCUGUAGUCCCUUCGUUUGAGAUGUCAUGCAAGGCCAUGUUUGAACAAGUUGAUACUGCAUUUCAGAAGGGAAUGACUGAGCAUACAAGUGUAGUCCAACACCAAUUUGAAUCUGCACAUUCACCGUUGGCACUUGCUUUAAGGGAGAUCAUUAAUUCAGCAUCAUCAGUGACUCAAACUAUUAGUAGUGAACUGGUUGACGGUCAGAGAAAGUUGCUAGCCCUAGCUGUUGGAGCAAGUUCCAGUUCUGCAGAUCUAUUGGUCAGACAACAGAGUAACGGAUCUAUUGGGGCUCUUCGUGGCGAGAUUGAGGGGCCUCUGGAUCCUAGGCAAGAACUAUCCAGAUUGAUUUCUGAACAGAAGUAUGAAGAGGCUUUCACUAUAGCACUGCAAAGAAGUGAUGUUUUCAUUGUAUCUUGGUUAUGCUCUCAGGCUGAUUUAAGUAACAUCUUGUUAAGGAAAACACUUCCAUUAAGCCAAGGAGUAUUGCUCUCGCUUCUGCAGCAGUUGGCAUGUGAUAUUAGCAGGGAUACAUCUCGAAAACUUGUUUGGAUGAGAGAUGUGGCGAUGGUGAUAAACCCAGUUGACCUAAUGAUUGUGCAACAUGUAAAGCCAAUUUUUGAGCAAGUUUAUCAGAUCCUAAACCAUCACCUAAAUCUUCCUACCACACCUCCCCAUGAGCUUUCUAGUAUGCGCCUUGUGAUGCAUGUCAUUAAUUCCUUGCUCGCAACAUGUAGUAAAUGAUGCCCAUAAUUGCAAUUCUAUUUAUCUAUCGUCAUAAGAAUACAAUACAACUGGUUAAAAGUAUCCACUGUAAGUUGUAGGCAUGAUAGUUUUUGCAGUUAGUUUUGUCGGGAUCUCUGUAUUGUCCAGAUAGCUGAAGACGGAUGAAGGAUGUAUUAUAUAUGUGAAGUACUUGUAUCGUUUCAGGUUCAUAAUCUGAGAUGCUGUUGAUAGAAGACAAUUUAUCUUUUUGUUUUAUACCAUUUUAAGUACAUCUGACAUUUUUAGA